GAAAGCAAGAUGUUAAUAAUAAUUUUUAUGAAUUCUCAUAAUUUCUCAACAUUUUCGCAAGCCAAUAAUUUGCCAACCUGGGAUUCUGACAGACUGGUCCUUGAGAUAUCACAGGCAUUCUGAAUGUGCCCAUCAGUAGAGAUGAUGCCUCUUAGCCUCAAUCAAUUUUGAGACUCCCGAUAUAUCAAGAGUGGAACAUAUCCAGACAUCCAAAAGUUGUUCUGAAAUAUGAGUUCGUCUGCACAGCAGCAACUCCCUAGCUCAUCUUUGAACCAGAAAGUCGCAAAAAUUAAAGAUUCUCAACCCCAUUUGGAUGGCCAAAAAUUUUCAUCAAAAACAGAUGAAUCUGGAACCAUUGAUGAAGAACACCAAGCAAUUAAGAAGAGGAGAAGGCGCUCGUCAAGACUAGAGAUCAGGUCUAGGCUCAUGAGAGUACGGAGCCAGAUUCUGAAACAAGGGAUCUCUGCUUUCUACAGUUCACCGAAGAAAUCGAGAGGAAUCAUUUGUGAGAAAAGCAGAAGAUCCAAGUACAUUGGAGUUUCCAAGAACAACGAUCAUUGGCAGGCUCUAAUCAACAUCGGUAGGACCAAGAAGUACAUUGAUAUCUUCCUCUCAGAACAAGAAGCUGCCAGGACCUACGAUGUGUAUGCAAUCGCUAUCAAGGGACUGGAUGCGAACCUCAAUUUCAACUACACAGGGGCCCAAAUGGUGGCUAUGAUUGACCACUUUCUGCAGCAUGGCCAAGUAGUUGCACCUUGAGCAGCAGAGACUGAACUCUCGUAUCUAAUUCGUUAAUAA